GUCCGCGGGCUGUGCCCGCCUGCUUUUUGAGACAGUUGACUGAGCUCAGAAAGCAUUAAUUCUGUACUGCGUCCAGCUCUGGGCGCCCCAGUACAGGAGAGACAUUGAGCUGUUGGAGCGAGUCCAGAGGAGGGCCAUGAAGCUGAAGCACCUCUCCUGUGAGGACAGGCUGAGAGAGCUGGGGUUGUUCAGCCUGGAGAAAAGAAGGCUCUGGGGAGAUCUAAUUGCAGCUUACCAGUACCUGAAGGGGGCCUAUGGGAAAGAUGUAUAGGGUUGAGACAUGUAUGUCUUUUUGGUACUGGAAUGACAAGCUCAAGAGUGAGGCUGUUACAGCACCUGAUAACAACCUGAACUUUUAAUUCAAAUCUGCAACUUGAGAACAAACCUACCUACCUAGCCUUACUCUUUCCUGUCACCCCUGUCCUACUUGGGCCAACAUUGGCUUGCUCCUGCUGCUGGUUACCUUGUCUGGAAUCAAUCAUGGCUGAUGACUCUCAGAGAAACUUUCGCUCAGUGUAUUAUGAAAAAGUGGGAUUUCGUGGAGUUGAAGAAAAGAAGUCACUGGAAAUUCUGUUAAAAGAUGACCGGUUGGAUAUUGAGAAGCUUUGCACAUUUAGUCAAAGAUUUCCUCUCCCAUCCAUGUAUCGUAUACUGGUGUGGAAGGUGCUUUUAGGAAUUAUUCCUCCUCACCAUGAAUCUCAUGCUUUGGUGAUGAAGUACCGGAAGGAGCAGUACUGGGAUAUACACCGUGCUCUUCGUGUAAUUCGUUUUAUCAAUGAUUCUACCCCACAGGUAGAUGUUUUCCUCCGCAUACAUCAACUGGAAUCAGGAAAAUUGCCUCGAAACUUGGCUUUUCCAUUGGAACCUGAAGAUGAAGUGUUUCUUGCUAUUGCUAAAGCAAUGGAGGAAAUGGUGGAGGAUCCUAUAGAAUGCUAUUGGCUUGUCAGUUGCUUUGUGAAUCAGCUAAAUGGCAAGCACAAAGAUUCAUUACAGCAACUGCCAAAAAUUCUGGAGCAGUAUUUGAACAUUGAAGAUAACAGACUCCUGAUGCAUCUGAAAGCAUGUGCUGCAAUGAGCAAACUCCCUUACGAUCUUUGGUUUAAAAAGUGUUUUGCAGGCUGUUUACCUGAGUCCAGUUUACAGAGAGUUUGGGACAAAGUUAUUAGCGGGUCCUGCAAGAUACUUGUUUUUGUUGCUGUGGAGAUAUUAUUAACCUUUAAAAUGAAGAUAAUAGCACUGAAUACUGCAGAAAAGAUCACACAGUUUUUGGAAAAUAUUCCUCAAGAUAACACUGACGCCAUUGUCAGCAAAGCUGUUGAUCUGUGGCGCACACACUGCGGGACUCCAGCACACUCAGUCUGAGAACUUUCUUUGCUUAUGACAGCUUGGGGAAGAAAAGACAUUUGAAAAGACAUUUUACCACUCUUUCCCCGUCAUUACCUCUUCUAUGUCAAGAUGCUAUUAAAGCAGCUAAUAGCAUAGUGAUCAAUAUGUAAAUAUUUUUCAGUAAAUACGGAUGGAAGGAAGAUACCUACUGGCGGUGUGAUCAUGUCCAGAGUGUUUCUUGGCCAGCCAGCUACAGUGUGUUCUGAUUGCACAGUGUGCUCUCUGGCUUUUGGGGAAGUAAAUCUAAUUCUUGAAGCAAGGUAAAUUUAAUUUAAAUUUAAAUUGUAAUUUAAAAAUGGUUUUUGUAUGCCAGCUUAUAACUAGUUACUAUUUGGAGGUGUUUUUAAGGUGAAUUUAUUAAAUGUUAGUCUGCUGGAACUCUUUGGUGAACAAGCAUGCCUUUUCUAGGAAUGUACUCUUAUUAAUACUGUAAAUUUUCAGGUAAAUGCCUAGUAGAGGCAUCACAAGUUUGAAGCAGAGGACAUCACAAUGACCAGGGGUGACAUGCUUUUCUGAAGUGUCUUAAAAUACUUUCUUUUUAUCUGUCAGCCAGCUCUCAAUGGCUGGAACUCCUUCUUUGUUCUUCAUGGAAGAUGCUCUAGAAAGGUGGAUCUCACCUAUCCCAGAGUGUAACUUUGGACAGAUAUGGAGAAAAAUCAGUGGGAUGAGUCAGUAUAAUUCAGAAUUACAGGCUAGUAAUAAACAAUUCCUCUGUUGAAUGCUUGGCUCAAAGUUGUUGUGAUUUGAUUCUUGUUUGAUUUAGAUUUCAAAAUAAAUUUUGUUACAGAAGUAUAAUUUAUGAUGUAAGUAAAAGUCGAGUGAUUAGCCAUAGAUAGAGAUUUGCUGGAUAACUGAUCUUUUUCUUGUAAAAGUGUAAAAUUCUAUUUCUAUGUCUUGCAUAGACCAGGGAAUUGUAUAUAAAAA